AAUCUUCCUCACAUCAGCGAUCGUCUCAGCCACCAGCUCAUCUGCUCUAUUACAUCGCACUAGACAUUUGACACGCUGCUAGAGCCUACUAUAUCAUUGUCACCAUACGCAAAGGAUAGCGAAAAUGUUUAUUCCAUUUUUUAUUUUAUCAUUGAUAUCUGUUGCUGUUGCUGCUCCACUGGCUACAGAAGAACCAGUCGACGUUUUAAAAUUUUGCCAUGGGAAGCCUGCCGAUAUUUUCUUUCUACUAGAUAGCUCCUCAAGCAUAUGGAUCGUACACUACCGGAAACAACUCAAGUUCAUACAGGACCUUGUCGCAACCUUCCCUAUCUCCCAGACCGACACAAGAAUUGGUGUUGGUAUAUUCUCCCACCUUUACCAGACGCAAAUAUCAUUCGGAGAUUUUGAUAACGUGGAUGACCUUCAAAACAGGAUAAAAAGAAUACCUCAUAUGUUGGGAAGCACUUACACAGGACGAGCAUUAGGAAAGGUCCGGAAUGAGUUUGUCAGGAAGGCCAGGCCAGGUGUGGCACACGUUGCUGUGAUCCUCACCGACGGGGUGUCAAGAAACGUGAUCUCGACCUUUAACCAAGCUCGACUCCUAAAGGACCAAGGGGUUUACGUGUUCGCAAUAGGGAUUGGCAAAGGACCAAAUAUGAAAGAGCUUCAAGCCAUUGGAAGCGAACCUAGUGAUGAGUUCGUCUUCAAAGUUGCAAGUUUCAACAUACUGGAAUCUAUCAAGGACAAACUUGCCAUGAAAGUCUGUAGAGUUCCCAAAUAUCAAGCCUAUUGUAGCGCAGAAGUAGAGACUGAUGUGAUGUUCGCCUAUGAUUUUGCAUCCAUGGGAACAAAGAAUGUGCGACAUGCACAUAACUUCAUUAGUGACGUUGUGGGGAAAUUUGGAAACAUGGCCGAAGGGAUGGUAAGAGCAGGGAUGCUUUCUGGAUUUUGUGAAAACAGUCGAAUUGACCUCAACCAGUACAAUAAUAAAAGGAGAUGUCCAGCGCUGUCCGUAACACCGAGGUUAGAGGUCUGGACAACAUCGUUGAAGAACUCCAUCGCAACAGUUACAACAUAUCCAGGGGAGGACGGGGAAACGCAAGAAAAAUGGCCGUUCUUUUUGUGGAUGACUCUGAUUGGGGCCCGCGAGGGUCAUAUCGUAGGAGGAAAGCGGCGGAGUACCCGGGAAAAUAUUUGUCUGACAUUUUCCACGCUGCUAUUAGACAUACUAUACCAUUGUCACCAUACGCAAAGGAUAGCGAAAAUGUUUAUUCCAUUUUUUAUUUUAUCAUUGAUAUCUGUUGCUGUUGCUGCUCCAAUGGCUACAGAAGAACCAGUCGACGUUUUAAAAUUUUGCCAUGGGAAGCCUGCCGAUAUUUUCUUUCUACUAGAUAGCUCCUCAAGCAUAUGGAUCGUACACUACCGGAAACAACUCAAGUUCAUACAGGACCUCGUCGCCACAUUCCCUAUCUCCCAGACCGACACAAGAAUUGGUGUUGGUAUAUUCUCCCACCUUUACCAGACGCAAAUAUCAUUCGGAGAUUUUGAUAACGUGGAUGACCUUCAAAACAGGAUAAAAAGAAUACCUCAUAUGUUGGGAAGCACUUACACAGGACGAGCAUUAGGAAAGGUCCGGAAUGAGUUUGUCAGGAAGGCCAGGCCAGGUGUGGCACACGUUGCUGUGAUCCUCACCGACGGGGUGUCAAGAAACGUGAUCUCGACCUUUAACCAAGCUCGACUCCUAAAGGACCAAGGGGUUUACGUGUUCGCAAUAGGGAUUGGCAAAGGACCAAAUAUGAAAGAGCUUCAAGCCAUUGGAAGCAAACCUAGUGAUGAGUUCGUCUUCAAAGUUGCAAGUUUCAACAUACUGGAAUCUAUCAAGGACAAACUUGCCAUGAAAGUCUGUAGAGUUCCCAAAUAUCAAGCCUAUUGUAGCGCAGAAGUAGAGACUGAUGUGAUGUUCGCCUAUGAUUUUGCAUCCAUGGGAACAAAGAAUGUGCGACACGCACAUAACUUCAUUAGUGACGUUGUGGGGAAAUUUGGAAACAUGGCUGAAGGAAUGGUAAGAGCAGGGAUGCUUUCUGGAUUUUGUGAAAACAGUCGAAUUGACCUCAACCAGUACAAUAAUAAAGCGGAAAUGUCCAGCGCUGUCCGUAACACCGAGGUUAGAGGUCUGGACAACAUCGUUGAAGAACUCCAUCGCAACAGUUACAACAUAUCCAGGGGAGGACGGGAAACGCAAGAAAAAUGGCCGUUCUUUUUGUGGAUGACUCUGUAGAAAAAUUCGAUCAACUUAUUGUUCAGUCGGAAAUAGCGAAGACCGCAGGAAUCAAAGUGUAUGUUGUGGGCGUUGGGAACGUUGAUGAGGAAAUCCUGAGUACCAUCUGCUCAAGUCCUCCAGAAAACCACCUGAUGCGAGUAUCUUCAUACAAUGACCUGGAUUCUAUUGCAGAGCAAUACUCCGAAAUGUUCUGUGAAGAAAUGUCCGUUUUACCCGACUAUGAAUAACCUGAUCACACAAGAAAAGGGAAUAAAUGAACUUAUCCAGCAAAGUUCCACCACUUGGACAUCAAAAAUGGGCGGAAUGGGAUAUAAGUACUUAACUUUACUGACUAUCGGCAUAAGACUGAAAAGGAUAUCAGAACUAGACUGUAAUGACAAUCGGUAUAGGACUGAAUAAGAAUUGGACGUAGCUGGUCAUCGGCAUUUGCGGGAAUAGGAUAGCAGAGCUGGGCAUCCUCUAUAAUGUGCCAAUUGAACAUCGGAACUUUGCAAAAUAGUACAUUGUCACUUGAAAAUACCAAACAUCUUUGAUGGACAGUAAUGUAUUGGAGUUUUAAACUUUGUGGUCAUUGUUGUAUGAUUGAAGAUAUUUGGUUUAUGACUUGGUACCGAUGUUUUAUCAAGACAACGAAACGAUGGAUAAUUAUUUAUCUAGAUGUAAAAGGAAACUCGCGUUAAUUGAAUAGAUAUGAAUACAGGUUCUCUACAGCGAGAGAAACUUGAUUAAUUAUUAUCAUUGCUUUAUCAUAUCAGUCAUUAUAAGUCAUUAUGAUUAAUAUCUAUAAAAAAGGCAAGAGGUCGCGUUGAAAUAUUAUUCAUUAAUGCAAGUAUUUUGAAUUACAACGCCUUGAUUAUUUAUCAUUAUUGAGGCAUGCAAUGCUGAAACAUUCUUUUAAAUACCACAUUGUACCAACAAAGCAACACAUAUUUUACUAUUUAAGUAUGUACAUUUUCAUACGGACUUGUUAAACUUUACAUUUGUUAAGUUUUUGUUUUUGAUAUAUUAAAUAAAAUAUUGACCAAA